CCGCCCUUGUACCAGCAAUAUUUAUACAGUCAGACAUCCAUACGCGGAAGGCGAUCUGUCAGUGACGUGAGCGAACCAAUGCAACCUCAGUUUUGCGCCGGCAAAUUGCAGUAGAUAAGAGACUCAAACGACGAACGCGCAGCACGGGGACGCGCCCAACAGUGCAGAUGUGUCGCAGAUUUGAAAAGUCAUUCCAUACACAGAAAGAUCUAGUUAAAGGAGAUGGAACAGGCAGCAGAGCAUCAAAACUGAACAGAAAUCAGGCCAGGGUGGGAGUAAAGCUUUGGUAAACGCUUUUAUUGCUCUGACCAUUCCUGUUAUUUGCGUGGAAGAGAGGAACGCAUUCGGCAAACAAACAUCAGCAACUGUUUUUUGGGAACAGGCGGAGAACGAACUUUAAGAGGAAUGGAGCUGUCAGCGAUUGGGGAACAAGUGUUUGCUGUGGAGUCAAUCAUCAAAAAAAGAAUAAGAAAGGGAAAUGUGGAGUAUUUGCUGAAGUGGAAGGGAUGGCCCCCCAAAUACAGUACAUGGGAACCUGCAGAGCACAUUCUGGACCCACGCUUGGUUCUCGCUUAUGAAGAGAAGGAGCAGAGGGACAGGGCACUGGGUUACCGGAAAAGAGGACCGAAGCCCAAAAAGCUGCUUCUGCAGAACGUCUACACCAUGGAUCUGCGAAGUGCGCACAAGCCCCAGACGCAGCCACCAGCCCGCUUGCGGCUCUCCCUUACGCGGACGCUAGAGCCACAGUCGACCACCUCCACAGACCAGCCUUACCAGUCGUACGGAGGGGCUCUAUGCCACGGGCUAGCCCAACACAAUAGCAAACAGAGCCAGGCAGAGUACCCAUGGGUUCCCAGUCCCCCACAGACACCCACCCCUUCUCAGGGACUGUCAGAAGAGGAUUGGGAGGAACAGGGGGAGGAGGAGGAGGAGGAGGAGGAGGAGACCGGGGCAGAGGAGGCCGAUGUGGAGAUGGCCAUGCGGCGAGAUGUCCUCAGCAGACCUGGAAGGUCAAAGUGCUGGUCCCCCGAUACCCAGCCGGAGGAAGUGACCGCGUCCCAGACUCCAGAGAGCUGGAGCCCGUUCACCAGUGCCGAGGACGUCACUGUGACGGACGUCACCAUCAACUCUCUGACAGUGACGUUUAAAGAGGCCCUGACUGCCAAGGGCUUCUUCAGGGGCUGGGACUUGGAAUUUGAAUAAGCCUUGGCAAAUGAUGAAAGGAUAAUGGAGAGAGCGAGAAAAAAAGAGAGGAGGGUGUGUGAGUGUGUGUGUGUGUGUGGGGGGGGUUGCGUGUGUGAAGAAGUAAAGUCCAGACCUUUUAAGACAAUUUUUGAAAAGGGUCAUUUUGUAUGACACACCUUUCCUCGUUCUCUCACAAAGGUAUGUUUUGCACAGCUGAGACACAGUACACACUUAUGUAGGUACGCAUAGCAAACAUAGACCAGGGUUAGUCAGCAGAUUGAUGUCAUUCCGUCCACUUUUCGUUGAGCCCAUGUGCAUGAUAUUGGGCCCCUGUGAACUUAACAAAUGGAGUUAAUUUUCCAUUUCAAAGGUUUGUCUGUAGAAUCUCUCAUGUAGUUUAGACAGUUUAGCACACUGCCCUGUAUACUGUGAUGUUUACAUCAUACAAGACAGAUGAGGAACCCAGUGUUCACUUGGAAGAACUGGACUGUGCUUGUAUUGCCCAUUAGUAGUUCCUCACACAGAAUUCUUUCAAAUAUCCAUCAUUGGUCAAAAAGUACCAAUGCUGCUUCAGCACUAGUCUCGGAACACUGACAUGGUUUACGCAGUGUGGACCGUGUUCGAGACGAACGCUGGCUGUGACUGUUGCACUGAAAAACACAGUUUGUCCAUCAUGCACUGGCAUGUGCCAUUUCCUUGCCUGGUUACCGAUUUCAUAUUAUGUUCAUCAGAAGUAUUACACUCACGUUUAUGUAUUACCUGUUAUCGUUACUUUUAAGCUAGAUUUUCAUAGUUUUUGUCUAUCCCAGAUAUGCCUCUCUCUGGUCAACACACACACACAGCCUAUCACUAGUCAUGCAAAUGCGCUUUCUAAUCAGUCAUCCAUGGUGGAGUUCUCUUUGAAGAGGAGUUUAGAAUGGCCUUAGCACAACUGUGUUUUAAACCUGAGGGUCUUACUAAUGUUGAAUGUAUUGUAUUUAUUAUUUAUUUAAAAGUAGAGUAUUUGUUAGUGAAAAAGGACUAAAUGGACUCCUUGAAUGGAUGCAAGUGUGUGAGGGUCUGGAGUAAGGUUUGCUCAAACAGGGCAUAUUUAAUGCGGGUUUACUGGGUUCCAAUGGAAAUUCAAGAGACCUGGGAAGUCUUGGCAUUGUGCAGUAUGAACAUUCUAGUCUUUCUGUUGACGUUAAUAAAAAAAAUUUGCCUUUUAUAUUUAAAUAAAUUCAUGUGUCUACAUGUAAA